AUGAUCUGGUCGGAGGAAGGAAAGUUGCUCCACAAGCUUCACGAGCACUGCGAUGAAGUGAACUCAGUAGCUUUCAGCCCCGAUGGAAAAUUUCUCGUCUCUGCCAGCGAUGACUGCACAGCAGUCGUUUGGAGAUUGAACGCGACUGAGAAGCCCACCAAGGUAACCAGACUCGAAGGACACAGAGGAUGGAUCAGAUGCGUUGCAUGGAACAAGGACAGUUCCCUCCUCGCAACCGGCAGCGGAGACUCUUCUAUCCGGUUGUGGAAACCUCAGGACUGGACGGCUCCGGCCAAAGUUUUACUCGCGCAUCAGUCCGGCGUGAGAUCCCUCGCUUUCAGCCCUUCGCAGGACGUGCUCGUGUCGGGAAGCUUCGACGCACACAUCAUGCUGUGGUCCGAGGAGAACGACUGGGCUACGCCGAAGCAAACUCUGACAGGCCACAAGGCGGGGAUAUGGGCAAUCUCCUUCAGCCCGACGGGGCUUCAGUUUGCUUCUGCUGGGUUUGACAACGUGAUCCGGCUGUGGGAAUUUCAUGAUGGGCAUGCAAAGACUAAGGGAAGUCCACUACAAGGCCACACGAGGGCCGUCAGUGCGAUCGACUUCAGCCCAGAUGGCGCCAUGAUCGCCUCUGGUAGUGAUGAUGAGACUGUUCGGCUUUGGAAGAUGCGGAGCAGGUCAAUAGCUGCGGCAUUGAAAUCCGACAGUGGCUGAGCACAAUGUGAUGGAGUCCCUUCAACGGGCUUGUGACAGAUCGGAAAGAUCUAGUUUGCUUGUGAUGAAUUGAUCGGAGAAAACUUUCCUGAGUGAAAUCUCCUGAAU